AUGCUUCGAUUUACAAUUUUACUCCUAUGUGUUUUAGUACUAUUGACAAUUGUAGAAACGACAAAUAAUCAGAGAUGUGGUGCAUUAUGUCGUAGACAUUGUCUAUAUGGUUUUGUAUUAAAUAGAAAUGGUUGUCCAACAUGCCGAUGUAAGACAAGUCCUUGUGAAGAUGGACAAGCUCCAUUGCCAGGUUACUUUUGUGGUCGUAGUCGUACUCGUCGAGAUUGCCCACGAAACUAUGCAUGUUUGAUUGCACCCAAUGAUGCUUAUGCUGUUUGCUGUCAUUCUAAUCGACACUUUGGAACAAAACCAGGUUCAUGUCCACAACCAUCUAAUAGAAUAGGUGCUUGUUAUGCUGCAUGCACAAUUGAUAAGGAUUGUCCAGGAAAUCGUAAAUGUUGUGGCAAUUGUCCUCGCAUAUGUGUUCAACCAUUAUUUUGA